AUGGCGGCCGGCAGAGGAGAACGUAUUCGAAAUUCGGAAUGGGAAGACGAUGAGGCCUUGGAAGCAGAUCUCAAGAGAUAUGUCAUGCAAAACCUUACUCGAAGAGAGGUAUUAGAUUUCGUAAAACACGAUUUUCCGCAUUAUGCGUGGAAUCUAGGAACUCUUAGUCGCAGGUUAGCGUAUUUUGAUAUAAAAUAUGUUCGUUACGACAUUGACGUACAAGAAGUGGAGAACAUUGUUCGGGAAGAAAUAGAAGGACCAGGACAACUUUUGGGAUAUAGGGCUAUGCAAAAAAAACUCAGGGAGGUGCAUAACUUAGCAGUUCCACGUGGGCUAGUCCACAACGUGAUGGGGAUUGUCGUCGACCCGGAUGGCCUGGAGCGAAGGGGAAAUGUUGGAGUUAAAAAGAGAAGAAGAGGAGCAAUGGGGACAUUCACUUCAUUGGGUUCAAAUCAUACACAUUCUGGAGAUGGCCAUGACAAAUUGAUGGGCUUUAUGAAUGAUACAUUUCCACUAGCUGUAUAUGGUGUACAAGAUGUCUUUAGUGGUUAUAUUGUAUAUCUAAAACUAUGGAACUCUAACUCAGAUCCCAAGUUAAUAGGAAGAUGGUAUCUGGAGAACUUGUACAAUACCAGAGUUAUAAGUAAUCACCUGAGGCUCGACAAAGGAACAGAAACGGGUCAAAUGGCUACUAUUCAUGCCUUUCUAAUGCAAUAUAACUUGGAAGAGGUCGAAGAUGUCAGUGCUGGAGAAACUGUCCAUUAUGGACCUUCUACAAACAACAAGAUAGAAAGGUGGUGGCGUGAGCUACAUCACCGUCUGGAGAAAUAUUUCAAGAGACAGCUGUUAAUGUUACUUGAAGAAGGUCAUUAUGAACCAGACAAUCAGAGAUAUAGAGAUCUUUUGGCAUUUGUCUUCAUACCGAUAAUUGCAAAAGAAAUGAGUAUGUUUCGUGAGACAAUAUGGAACUCACACAGGGUUAGGUGCCAAAAAGAUGCUCGGAUGCCUAAAGGAAUACCCAAUCACUUGUACGCAUUUCCAGAGGAGUAUGGGGCAGAACAAUGUGGUUUUCCAGUAAGCAAGGAAGCACUUGACGAAGUUGCUGAGCUCUCUGGUGUCAUGACUGUAGGAGACGAUUUUUUGACUCCAAAUGUGAGAGCUGAAUGUGAAAGGAUAAUUCCAGAAAUUAAUGCUGUCAAGCCAAAUGAUACUACCACUGCUUACCUUUUUCUGAAGACCCAUUACCAGCAGUCAUCUAGUCAUUAA